UUCUGCCCAUCCAUCAUUUUCUAGGACUCAAGAGCAUUGCACCCCUCCGAGCAAAAGAAUAGUUUGCCGUGCACACGCGGAAACCUCAACCCCAAAAGUAUUCCUCGACAUAUCUCCUAUCAACCCCUUCGGCUUAUCUCUUUCUUUUUGAAUUGUCUGAGCUUAGAAAAUUGUGAUGGAUAAAUCAACCUUCAAUGAAGACGACGGCGGAUCAGAUUCAGAUGAUAUCUCCCACUCUUUUAUCUGCUGCGUCUGCAGGGAUCUUUUGUACAAGCCAAUAGUGCUGUCUUGUGGUCACAUAUCUUGUUUUUGGUGUGUUCACCGUUCCAUGAGUGGAAUAGGCGAGUCUCGCUGUCCUACUUGUAGGCAUCCAUAUAUUCACUUUCCUACCAUCUGCCAGAUGCUUCACCUUCUGCUCUUGAAGAUGUAUCCCGUUGCCUAUAAGAGAAGGGAAAAUGAGAUUCUUGAAGAGGAAAUGGAACAAGACACAUUCUCACCACAACUUAAUUCUCAAGCAUGUAAUCAUUGGGGUGAUCCAGCAUCUUUCUCUACCAUGGUUUUUGAGUCAAAUUCAUCAUCAGACCCAUCGUCGACUAGGAAAGGGGAAGCUUAUGCAAAUACGGAGGUGUUGAUGUCCAAUUUACAGGUUCAAGAUGAUGGCAUAGGCACUCUUGUAGAAAUCUCUGAUGGGAAUUCUGAAGUAAUCAGGAACAUUGUUGUUGAAGAAAAGUAUUGCAAGCAGGUUUCAGUUGCUGAUGUUCUUUGUUUGGAAUGCAAGCAACUACUAUUUCGUCCUGUGGUUCUUAACUGUGGCCAUGUAUAUUGUGAAAGUUGUGUCAUCAUCCCAGCUGUUGAGAUGCCUAAAUGUCAAGUUUGUCAAACUUCACAUCCAAGAGGACUUCCGAAAGUUUGUUUGGAGCUUGAUCAUUUCUUGGAAGAACAAUUUCCUAAAGAAUAUAUGCUGAGAAGAGAUGGUAUUCUGCUCAAACUAGUUGAUGUUGAGCACAAGCAUCCAACUAUUUGUUCAACAGGGACUGCUAAACAAGGAGAGCCUGCUAAACAAGGAGAGAACUUACUACAUUGGUCUGGCCCUCACUCAAGUGUUCAUGCAGGAUAUGGUUGUGAUUCUUGUGGGAUUUUCCCCAUAAUUGGAGACAGAUACAGAUGCAAAGAUUGCAAGGAGAGAGCUGGUUUUGACCUUUGUGGUGAUUGCUAUAAUACCCAAUCCAAGCUUCCAGGGCGGUUCAAUCAGAAGCAUACCCCAGAACACAAGUUUGAGCUUAUAAGUAAUGCUCGUAAUAUGUUGAGGCUGACUUUACAGUACAACUCCAUUGUAAUUGCCUCAGAAGAUUCAGAAAAUGGAUCUCCUGCUUCCAAUUUGUCCAGUGAUGCUCAGGAGAGUGAUGAGAAUGAUUUGGCUGAUCCUGUGGCCUUCCAUGAUGCUGGAGAUGAUCAAACUGGUUCCCAAUCAACCUCUUGAAAAUAUAGAUCCAACUGAAGCCAUGAGCAUCUUUUCUUGGUUAUGGAAGUUGCUUCCAAGCCAGCAAAAUUAGGCUUCAACCAUUCAAGGCACAGUAUAAGCAUUUCUGAUUGAAGCUGCUCUUGGUAUGUGAGCACAAUCAACCUGGUAUUCUCAUCAAUUUUUUGUACCAAGUGUCAGCUCAUUUGCUUCAUGUUGGUCACACCAGGGUUGAAGACUUGAUAAGAUAUUUAUAAAUUCAUGUGAUGUAUAAUGGAUUAUAUGUAAAGUGAAAGAUAAGUUCGUUUUGUGGGUGAUGAAUGAUGACAAUACGUUUAUGUAUAGUAACCCAAACACAAGAUCUUCCUAGACAACUUGUGAGUGUUCAUGUUAGGCCGAUAUGUAAUACUAUAAUCCGUGUGCUUCCUUGUGACA